CCCCCACCACAGUUUGCGCCUUUUUUUAAAGGAAGGACUGUGGUUUUUAGCCUGUUAGCUAGCCUGUGUCUGCAUCCCAAUUCUCCACCCUCCUCUUGAAGUGUGUACUUGCACACAUCCCAUCAUGGAUUUAACAACGGUGGAACCCCCCCCCCCCCCCCCCCCCACGAUGUUUACACCAUUGAUAAAUCCAUGACGGGAAGUGUACACGAUCAGGAUGCAACCUACCGAUCUGUCUGUCAUGGCCCCCUGAGGGAGUUUAGUAUUAUUUCAAAUGAUUCAUUUACUAUGAAACAGAAGGGAUAUGACUCCCUAUGUCUGUUAGAAGUCGUUCAACCUUUCCCAGUUGCGUUGGUCGUCCCGUUGAGGGACUUAUGAUGCUGCCUGUACCUUUUCGCCUGACGUUUUCUAGAAGAAGUUAUUAAAACUUAUCUCCCAACAAAAUGAGAAAAGUGAGAUUUCUUUCUGUUCAACCUGGUCCCGCCAUUUUGGAGCUUGUAUUUCACUAAUUCACCUUUCAACCUUCAAUACUCUCAAUAACAAUGUAUGAGGCUACUAAAAUAACACAAAGACUUUCGUAGUCAUAUUCAUUGUACAGCAGUUAACGUGUUUAUUUAUUAAUUACAAUUUUUCUCACAAUAGUCUUUUUUUUUUUUUAUAUAUAAAACUUGACACAUUGUCAUGAAAAGCAUGUGGCCAAUAAGAAACAUUACCUAGAAUUUGAUAUUGACCAGAACAUGUUUUUUUCUAUCAGCCACUACUUGUUCCACUAACUCCUCCCCCAUGACUCUAAGCAUCUAUUCUGACAUCACGUGGUUAUUGACCUUUUUGUUAUUGUAUGUAUGAGUUGUCAAGCAUUCCCUUAUACCUUUGUUUUAGCUAAUUAUGUUUUCAUUUUGUGUUUUUCUUAUGUUGAAUUCUGUUGCUUUUUUUUCUUCUUCCAUUCAAAACACAAUUCCUUCUCUUUUUAUAUUUUUCCUUGACCCUGUUUCUGUCUCGCUCCCCUACCUCAUUUCUCCCACAUCAUUCUCUGUGCCCUGUUCUCUCCCCUACCUCAUUUCUCCCACAUCAUUCUCUGUGCCCUGUUCUCUCCCCUACCUCAUUUCUCCCACAUCAUUCUCUGUGCCCUGUUCUCUCCCCUACCUCAUUUCUCCCACAUCAUUCUCUGUGCCCUGUUCUCUCCCCUACCUCAUUUCUCCCACAUCAUUCUCUGUGCCCUGUUCUCUCCCCUACCUCAUUUCUCCCACAUCAUUCUCUGUGCCCUGUUCUCUCCCCUACCUCAUUUCUCCCACAUCAUUCUCUGUGCCCUGUUCUCUCCCCUACCUCAUUUCUCCCACAUCAUUCUCUGUGCCCUGUUCUCUCCCCUACUUCAUUUCUCCCACAUCAUUCUCUGUGCCCUGUUCUCUCCCCUACCUCAUUUCUCCCACAUCAUUCUCUGUGCCCUGUUCUCUCCCCUACCUCAUUUCUCCCACAUCAUUCUCUGUGCCCUGUUCUCUCCCCUACCUCAUUUCUCCCACAUCAUUCUCUGUGCCCUGUUCUCUCCCCUACCUCAUUUCUCCCACAUCAUUCUCUGUGCCCUGUUCUCUCCCCUACCUCAUUUCUCCCACAUCAUUCUCUGUGCCCUGUUCUCUCCCCUACCUCAUUUCUCCCACAUCAUUCUCUGUGCCCUGUUCUCUCCCCUACCUCAUUUCUCCCACAUCAUUCUCUGUGCCCUGUUCUCUCCCCUACCUCAUUUCUCCCACAUCAUUCUCUGUGCCCUGUUCUCUCCCCUACCUCAUUUCUCCCACAUCAUUCUCUGUGCCCUGUUCUCUCCCCUACCUCAUUUCUCCCACAUCAUUCUCUGUGCCCUGUUCUCUCCCCUACCUCAUUUCUCCCACAUCAUUCUCUGUGCCCUGUUCUCUCCCCUACCUCAUUUCUCCCACAUCAUUCUCUGUGCCCUGUUCUCUCCCCUACCUCAUUUCUCCCACAUCAUUCUCUGUGCCCUGUUCUCUCCCCUACCUCAUUUCUCCCACAUCAUUCUCUGUGCCCUGUUCUCUCCCCUACCUCAUUUCUCCCACAUCAUUCUCUGUGCCCUGUUCUCUCCCCUACCUCAUUUCUCCCACAUCAUUCUCUGUGCCCUGUUCUCUCCCCUACCUCAUUUCUCCCACAUCAUUCUCUGUGCCCUGUUCUCUCCCCUACCUCAUUUCUCCCACAUCAUUCUCUGUGCCCUGUUCUCUCCCCUACCUCAUUUCUCCCACAUCAUUCUCUGUGCCCUGUUCUCUCCCCUACCUCAUUUCUCCCACAUCAUUCUCUGUGCCCUGUUCUCUCCCCUACCUCAUUUCUCCCACAUCAUUCUCUGUGCCCUGUUCUCUCCCCUACCUCAUUUCUCCCACAUCAUUCUCUGUGCCCUGUUCUCUCCCCUACCUCAUUUCUCCCACAUCAUUCUCUGUGCCCUGUUCUCUCCCCUACCUCAUUUCUCCCACAUCAUUCUCUGUGCCCUGUUCUCUCCCCUACCUCAUUUCUCCCACAUCAUUCUCUGUGCCCUGUUCUCUCCCCUACCUCAUUUCUCCCACAUCAUUCUCUGUGCCCUGUUCUCUCCCCUACCUCAUUUCUCCCACAUCAUUCUCUGUGCCCUGUUCUCUCCCCUACCUCAUUUCUCCCACAUCAUUCUCUGUGCCCUGUUCUCUCCCCUACCUCAUUUCUCCCACAUCAUUCUCUGUGCCCUGUUCUCUCCCCUACCUCAUUUCUCCCACAUCAUUCUCUGUGCCCUGUUCUCUCCCCUACCUCAUUUCUCCCACAUCAUUCUCUGUGCCCUGUUCUCUCCCCUACCUCAUUUCUCCCACAUCAUUCUCUGUGCCCUGUUCUCUCCCCUACCUCAUUUCUCCCACAUCAUUCUCUGUGCCCUGUUCUCUCCCCUACCUCAUUUCUCCCACAUCAUUCUCUGUGCCCUGUUCUCUCCUCUACCCCUGGUCUUUUCUUUUUUUUUUACAUUCCCUUGCUCUUCCCUGCUCCCAUCGCCGUGGUAGCCAACAGGGCCUGGUUGCCAGGGGCAACCUCUACAGCCGCCACGUCAACACCCGGGGCUUUGGGCAGUUGUUGGAGACACAGCCGAACAUCUUCAAACUGCCAGGUUUGAGACCAGUGUUGAGAGACAGAGAGACUGACAUAGGAGGACAGAGAGAGCCACUGGGACACAGAGACAGGAAGGAGCCGCCCCCAUCCAGGAAGGAGCCGCUCCGUUCCCAGACCAUCAUGAUGACCACCAGAGAACCAGACAGACAGGCCGAGACGGAGACCAGGGUGCUGGAGAAGGGGCUCCGGAAGGGGUUAGCAGGAGAGCCCUUUCCAGGAAGGGGUAGGGGAGAAGGAGGUGGGCCUCUGGAGGUGGUUGAGAAGGGACCAUCGGAGCCUGAGCGGGACCGAGGUAGAGGAGGAAGCUCCUGGGGAGUAGGAGGAGGGCCCCUGGUGGUGGUUGAGAAGGGACCAUCAAAGCCUGAGAGGGACAUGGGGACAGGAGGGUGGUCGUGGAUGCUGGGAGAGAGCUGCUGUAACACAGCCCAGUGGGCCAGGCAGGACUAUAGAAACACCAGACCCUGGUGACGCACAUGGACAAACAGACUGAUGAUUGGGGAGAAAAGAGAUGAGAGAAGAAAGCCACAUAUGCAUACAGAUGAAGAGAAAAGAGAGAUAAAAAGAGAAGAAAUCCAAUUCUCCACUUCCCUUCAUCCCUCUUUCCUGAUCACUAAUUAGUGGUACUAUGUUUAUAACAAGACAGAAUGAGUGAGGGGUUUGGUCGGUACGCAGCAAUAGUCAGCCAGAUGUCUCUUAUCACUGAGUGUUGUAUCUGUCCCAAAUGGCACCCUUUUUAGUGCACUACUUUCUACCAGAGCCAAGGUCGUAGGGUGCCAUUUGGGAUGUACAUAGACCGUGCGAGAGUGUAACAUGAUGGGGUUACAGCACAAUGAUCAGAAUGUGGCAGUGAAUGGCGAAGUUUUACACACCUCCUAAAAUCUGCAAAGGCAAUGGAGCCAUGCUUGAAAUUCCAUUAGACUUGAGUUUACCAGACAUAUUUUAUGGCACUUUAAUUAAUUUUGUUGUAACUAUUUCAUUCAAAUGUUUUUUUUUUUUUUUUACAUCUGAAGAGAAAGUACUAUGCUAUGAAUGUUUUUUUUUUUCUAUAAAUAAAUUGGCUACACAGACGAUCACA